GUGGUGGCGCAUGCGCGCUGAGAGGGGCAGCUGAGGGCGAAGGCGCUCGGCCAUGGCGGCCUCCGUGAUCUGCGGGCGGGCGUCGGCCGGACUCCGGGGCAGCGGCCUCCGCGCCGCGCUGGGCAGCGCCGCGGCCAAGGUGCUUGGUGGAAGUCCAGGACUGCUCAACCAUGGGUUUCAGGUGCAACAGCAACAACAGAGGAGGCUGUCACUACAUGAAUACUUGAGCAUGGGACUGUUGCAGGAGGCUGGCAUUUCUGUUCCACAUGGACUAGUUGCAAGGACACCAGAAGAAGCUUACAAAAUAGCAAAAGAAAUAGGUAUAAUACUAAAGAGAACAUAUACAAUAUAGAUAUGGGA